AUGAAUGUUUACGACGAUGUAUUGGAUGCUACAGUUGUAUCGCACAGUGUAGCAGGUCACUUUACUACAGAUGAGUACACAGAGCUCAUAACGGCGAGAACGAAUAUUAUUAGUGUUUACAAAGUUGAGAAUGAUGGGAGACAUCUUCUACUAACUAAUGAAUUCAAUUUUAGAGGAAAAAUUAAGGAUAUUGCAUUGAUUGCAUCCAACGAAAAUAAUGGAGAAAAUGCUAAUGAGAAUGAUGAUAAAGAAAGUAGCUUACAUCCAAACCUUGAUUAUAUGCUUAUAUCUUCAGGAAUUGCCAAAUUGUCCAUUGUACGAUUUGAUAUGGAGAGUAAUAAUUUAGAGACAAUUAGUCUUCAUUACUAUGAGGAUAAAUUAAAAGCUACGUCAUUAGUGGAAUUGUCCCAUGAUUCUCGAUUAAGAAUAGAUCCUAAUGGGAAAUGUUCAUUAUUAUUUAACAAUGAUAGUGUAGCCAUUUUACCGUUUGUGGAAGAUGAAAGAUUGGAAGAAGAUGAAGACGUAUAUAUGGGUGACAUUGGUGAAGAAGAGCAUGAUCAAAAGCGUAGAAAGACACAGUCACAGCAUUCGACUAAUUUAACAGAGCCUAGUAUAGUGCUACCUUUGAAGGACCUAAAUAAUGAGAUACAAAAUGUAGCAGAUAUUCAAUUUCUAAAGAAUUACACAAAACCUACGAUUGCAAUCCUAUAUCAACCUCGAUUGACGUGGGCAGGUAGUUUAAAACUUUCAAAGACACCUACUUGUGUUAUGAUCCUGACAUUAGACUUGUUUAGUGCAAACGGUAAUACAAAAGUGGAACCAAUUAUGAUUGCUAAAUUGCAAAAUUUACCAUGGAGCUGGAAUAGAAUUGUACCGACUGAGAAAGGUACCGUCAUUAUUGGGGUUAAUGAGAUUGCAUAUAUUGAUAACACUGGUGUUUUACAGAGCGUCAUUUCUUUAAAUUCUUAUUCAGAUAAAUCUAUAAUCAAGAGUAAGAUAGUAGAUAAUUCAAAAUUAGAAUUGAUAUUAAACCGGGAUUCCAUGGUAACUUACUGGUCAUCUACAAAACUAAAUAACAUUGAUGGAAAUAACAAUGAUAAUAAUGAUCUUUUGGUCUUAAUGACUGAACACUCUGAUUUAUAUUACAUACAGCUUGAGUUUGAAGGGAAAUUAUUGACUACUUUUGACAUUAUAGAAUUACCAAUCGCAAAUAAUAUUUUUAUCAACAAUUUGGGACCAACGUGCAUUUCAAGUGUUAAUAACAAUUCAAGUUCCGUUGCCGCUCUAGAUAUAUUUAUUGGAUUCCAAUCUGGUAAUGCUUCGUUAGUUCGUCUGAAUAAUAUGAAAUCAACGAUUGCCUCAAGAUCGUCGCAUACUCACACUAUUGAUGAUGAUGAUAAUAUAUUUAGUGAAGGGGACGACAAUGAUGACGAUGAUGAGGAUUUAUAUGCGGACGAUAUUCACUAUAAUAAAAGUAAAGACAAAUCAAAGGAAGAAAUCGUCGAAACGGUUGAACCGUUCGAUAUCGAAUUGCUGUCGUCAUUAACAAACAUAGGACCAUUGACCUCUGUAACAAUUGGUGCUGAUUCAUCUAUUGAACCGCGUGUUAAAGGUUUGCCUAACCCAAGUAAUGGUGAAAUGUCUAUAGUUGCAACAUCAGGAAAUGGUGUUGGUUCGCACUUAGUUUCUAUUCAACCGAGUGUACAUCCAGAGAUUGAGUUAGCUCUAAAAUUCAUUAGUAUUACACAAAUUUGGACAUUAAAAUUUAAGAAUAAAGAUAAAUUUCUGAUUACUACAGAUUCUUUUAAAUCCAAGAGUGAUAUAUAUGAAAUUGAAAAUAAUUUUGCACAAUUUAAAGAAGGUAGAUUAAGAAGAGAUGCUACCACAGUUUAUAUUUCAAUGUUUGGAAAUGACUCCAGAAUUGUUCAAGUCACUACUAAUCAUUUAUACUUGUACGAUUUGGAUUUCCGUAGGUUAACCACUAUUAAAUUUGAUUAUGAAGUGGUUCAUGUGUCAAUAAUGGAUAAUUAUAUAUUAAUAACGGUAUCAAGGGGUGAUAUUAAAGUUUAUGAAUUAGAGACAAGACAGAAGAAAAAACUUUUUAAAGUUAAUUUACCAGAAAUUUUAAAAGAGAUGGUUAUAACAUCUGGUCUAAUACUGAAAAGUGAUAUGUGUAACGAAUUCUUAAAUUUGAAGGAUAAGCAAGAAGAACAGUUACUAUUUACUUUUGUCACUGCUGAUAAUCAAAUAAUUUUUUUCACUAAAGAUCAUAACGAUCGUAUCUUUCAGUUGACAGGUGUUGAUGAUUUACAGGAUAAUUUAUAUGUGAGCACGUAUCAACUCCCUGAGGAGGUCAUUCCAGAUCCAUCCAUUAAACAAGCAAUGUUGAACACAUUAGGUAAUAAGAAUAAAGAAAUAUUUUUAACAAUUUUAACUUUUGGAGGUGAGGUCUAUCAAUAUAAAAAAUCAAGCAAAAGAGCAAGUAGAUUCUAUAAAAAUGCCUGUGGGAAUAAAUUACCAAUUGUUGGUGCACCAAAUAACGCUUAUGCAAAGGGUGUAACAGGAAUUGAAAGAAUAAUGCAUUACAUUCCUAACUACAAAGGGUAUUCAUGUAUCUUCAUUACCGGUAACGCGCCUUACAUCAUCCUAAAAGAAGAUGAUUCUGUACCUAGACUAUUCAAGUUUGCGAACAUACCAUUAGUGUCAUUAACCCCUUGGGGUAAGAGGUCCGUCAUGUGUGUCGAUCAUAUGAAAAAUGCAAGAGUGUAUACUCUGGAUGAUACCAGUAUUUAUUACGGUAAUAAGCUACCUCUAAAAUCGAUUACAAUCAAUAAUGUUCUUCAAAAUUUUAUGACUUUUAAUAAUAUUACUUACCAUGAAAAGUCCCAAAUGUUUGUAGCCUCUUAUACAAAGGAAAUAGAAUAUGUUCCAAAGAGUGAAAAUGAUGAACUAAUUGUUGGCUGCAUGGACAGCGCCCCUCAUGCGAAGGGAUUCCAAAGUGGUGUAUUGCUGAUUAACCCAAAGACAUGGGGUGUUAUUGAUCAAAUAACUUUAGAGGCUAAUUCUUUAGUCAACGAUCUAAGAUCAAUGAUCAUUCAAGUUGACUCUAAGACAAAGAGAAAUAGAGAAUAUAUCGUGUUUGGUGUAGGACAAGUCGGUACAGAGGAUCUUCCAGCAUCAGGAUCAUUCCACAUGUAUGAUAUUAUAUCUAUAGGAUCAGAACCUGGUAAACCAGAUGCCACCAGCAAGUUUGAAAAAUUUUUCUCUGAAGAGGUGAGAGGUGCGGUAACAACAGUUUGUGAAUUGAGUGGAAGAUUUUCUAUAAGUCAAAGUCAGAAAAUAUUGGUAAGAGAUGCCCAGGAAGAUAAUAAUUCUGUUGUUCCGGUAGCCUUUUUUGAUACACCUGUUUAUGUGACAGAUUCAAAAAGUUUUGGUAAUUUCUUCAUUGUAGGUGAUUCCAUGCAAGGAUUCCAAUUUAUUGGAUUCGAUGCUGAACCUUAUAGAAUGUUAUCUCUAGGAAGAAGUAUGUCUAAACUUGAAACAGUUGCAGUCGAUUUUCUAGUCAAUAAUGGCAAUCUUUAUUUCGUCGUUACUGAUAGAAACAAUAUUCUCCAUGUCCUAAAGUAUGCUCCGGAUGAACCAAACUCCCUAUCAGGCCAAAGAUUAGUCCACUGUUCAAGCUUUAACUUAUAUUCUACUAAUACAUGUUUGCAACUCCUUCCAAAAAAUGAAGAAUUUAAUGAGCCAAAUCAUGAUGCCAUGUCCUAUCAAGUCAUUGGUGCCCAAGUGGAUGGAUCAAUGUUUAAGGUAAUACCACUUGAUGAGGAUACUUACAGAAGGUUAUAUGUUAUUCAACAACAAUUAGGAGAAAAAGAAAUUCAAUUAGGAGGUUUAAACCCUAAUAUGGAAAGGUUGGCUAAUGAUUUUUACGAUAUCAGUAAUAUCAUGAGACCCGUCCUUGAUUAUAAUGUAAUUAAAAAAUUUGCAUCUUUACCAAUUCAGAAAAGAAAUAAUUUGGGUAAAAAGACUGGUAGGAGAUCAGAUGUAAAUAUCUGGAGGGAUUUAAUUGAUAUAGAAUUUUCUCUCAGAACUCUUUCAAAGUGA